GCGCUGCCGGAGGCGGGGCCACGGCCACGGCUGCCGGUUCCGCGCGCGGGCCCGCCCCGGACGCGGAAGUGAUGCGCGCGGGGCGGGGCGCGGCGCGGCGGGCGCGCUCAGCGGGGCCGGCGGCCGCCGCCGCUCAGGAUAAACUGAAAAGCUCAGGGCAACUGAUCUUCAACAGCCCUGAUGCUCUCAUCUGGGGUGGAGUCUCUCCUUGAUUCUUCUGUGUUUGCUGUAAUAGAGGAGUUGUACACUGGACUGCCAGAGAGCACCUCCAGGGAACUCAUGGCAGUGCCGGGGCCCAGCCUUGGCUUGGAGGCACAGUCUGAUGGGCCGGUUCCCGUGCUGGCACACCGGGAUGGGCCAUGGACUGCUGCUGGAGGAAACUUCUGCCAGAAGACGGAGGAUUUGAAUGAUAUGCUCCAGGUGAUUUCUCAUGGGCCAGCAGAAUCCUUUCCUGAAGAAUUACUGCAAGCUGGAGACCUCGCAGAGGAUGAAAAAAGCAGAAAAAGACGCUUUAGAAAACUAGACUGUCCUAGUGAUGGAUACCAGAAAGAAGAUGAAGAGGCACAAGGUGCUGGGGACCAUCAUGCUGCACGUUGCCCUUUAACUCUGGGGAAAAGUUGGUCAGAACAAGAGGACCCUCACUUACAUGAGCCAGAGGCAAAGUCUUUGAGAACCUGUAGCACUGAAAUUGCAGGAUCUCUGAGGAACACAGAAGAAAACCAAGCAAAUGUUCAGGUGACAGCUGAAACUCUGCCAAAGCUCACUGACGAAGUACAAGGUAUGAAGGCUGAUGGGACUAGGAUAUUUAGUAAAGCAGGAUACAGGAAUGACAGAGUGAGUAAAGGUCUUCCACCUGAGAGCAAUCAAUGCCCAGACAUAGACACAGUCAUGGCCAGAGCUGGGGUUUCAGAGACCAGCAUCUUAGGGUUUUUAGAGCCUUUAAAAGUCAUGGACAUUGGAGCAGCUACAGAUCAUCCACAAAAAACAAAUGACUAUAGUGGGUCAGAAGCCCGUGCUGCCAUGCCACUGAGAACAGGGGGGAGUGGUGUAUCUGUUUUGGAGCUUAGAGAAGAAAAGUUACCCAGACGAAAUCCUCUUAAUGAAUUCAGUACGUCAUUUGCUAAUUGCCAGACUUGUCAGCAGGAUGAAGAAAACGAUGCUUAUGGCUUCUUUAAGGGUCCUGUACCUGAACAAAAUGAACCUCGUGAGUUGUUCUCAGCAGAAAGCUGUAGAACACUGUCCACACAAAGUUCUGAAGCUCUAUGUCCGGUUCUGAAAAGCGUCUGUUAUUUGGACUUUGGAAAUAGGCCACCAGAAAGCAGUUCUGCAGUUCACAGAAUUAUCAGGGAAACCCCCCAGAACUACCUUCCCCAAAACAUCAGACAUCACACUCUUUAUGAUCAUGGAACUGGGUUUUCAGAAAACCAAACCUCUUCAUCUGUACCAGUAGAGCUGGUGAGGGAAAAAGGAUUAUCUAGUGCAAAAACUGAUCCUAGGGAAUUAAGUGCUACGAUGGGAAAAUCAUACAGCUCUGAAUCUGAAGAAGCAGCUGAAGUCUGGAGAAAAAAUGCUGUGGGAGAUAACGUUGAAAUUUGUAGGUGGCCUGAAGCUCAAGAGGCUGCUAAUUCUGAGCAGCGUCAUUCUCCAGUUUUUAGCUCUGUUGCUUCAUCUCCUGGGGAAUUCUCAAAAGAAAAAUUUAAAAUACUCCCAUCAGAAGGUGAUAAGUUGAAAAAGGACCAGUGGCAAUUCUCUGUCAGUGACCCAUGCAAUAAUGAUAUAAAAGAAAAUAGUUUGUGGGUGGAAACGAGAGACAUUGCUUCCCAUGAAACUGUGCAGAAAGACAUACGCUUUUAUAGUUCUGCCAGUAAAAUCCCUCCUCCCAGUAACCACAGCUGUCUUCAUCUUAGUACCAAGCUAGAAAAAGACUCAUCCACGGCACAACUGCUUGAAAAGGAAUUUGAGAGCAAUACAACAUCAGAAGAGUUGGCUGGUGAUUUAGUUGGAGCUGCAGAAGCUGAUAGUAAUGACAGCUUAUCCACUGGGAAGAAAACAAAUUUGUUUUAUACACUAAAUGUAACUCUACCUCCUGUUUUACAAAAAUCAAGAGACCCUCAUUAUAGUGAGUGUCUUCCUUGUACUAAUAAUGAAGUUUCAUGCAGGGACAAGGCUUGGGAUAAUUGGUCUAGAAAAGAAUUAAUUGGUGCUUCUGGAGCAGCAGCGGAAGAUGUUGCUGAAGUUUUGCUUCAUAAAGACAAAUUCAAGUCUUCUGUAAAUUCCAUGACUUUUGAUAACCCUAAUACAGCAAGCAGAGUAUCCCAAAUGAAUAUAAAAUCUUCUGCAGGAAAUAUGGAGAGAACGGUCACUGGUUUAGAAAAUGAACAUUGUCACACAUGGCUUUGUAAUAAUAAGAGUAUAAAAAACCAGUGUACAGCUGGCAGUACUUCCUGUAUUUUAUCAGGGGGUACACGUGUGGAUGAAAUUUCCCUGAACAGUCAUUCUUUUGGUGUUGAAGUUGGUAAGAUUGAAGAAAAUGAUAAUUUGGAAGGAGCGUCUUCAUCAGGAUAUAACAGUAAAGAGGCAAUCAUCUUUCCAGAAGCACACACACAUUUGGCACGUGGAUCUCUUCUUUGUGAAAAUGACUGGGGCAACAGAGGUAUAGCUCUGCAUGGAAUAAAUUAUAUUCCCACAGGAAAAACCAUGUUUUGCUCAGCAUCUACUGCAGAGAAGUCUACUGCUACCUUGGCAAGAGAUGAGGUUUCAAAUAAGAAUAUGGAGGUUUGGGAACACUUUGAUCUUUGUAAAGUAAUGGGCAGUGAAAUUGUUUGUGACAAAGAUGAGGCAAAAGAACACAUUGGCACACGUGCUUCCCAGACAGAUGAAUUUGAUAAAACAAGAGCUGUGGAUUCCCCAAAUGCUCCUGAAGGCAAUCAGAGAAAUAGGACUAGUGAGCAGCUAUUAGUCAGAUAUUUGAACAAAAGCACCUGCACUCAUAAUUUUGGAUCUUACAACUCUCUGUUAGGCCCAUGGAAGAGAGAACUGGACGCACGUGAGCAGGAAGAAAUGCCACUGCUCACAGCUGAUCCCUCCGGGUGCAGCGCUCCAACCUGUGAUCCACAGCCAGCACUCGACAACGUGAACGCUCCAACACAACAUGCUGGCCAAGCAGAAGAGACCCUUUGUCCAUUGGGGAAUCAGUUUCAUCCAUGUCAGAGUGAGUCUGAUGUCCCAGUGCUGGGCAGCAAGCAACAUUUAGAAAGUUUAACCAACCAACCAAACACUGGCUUGCAAACUGUAACCGGUUCUGUGGAAAGAAACAGAAGUGAUCCUAAUCACAGUGAAGAGGUUCUGCUAAAGACAGGUGGUGACCUGCCUCUGUUAGACCAUAAAUGUGCAAGAGAAGCCAGGUUUAAAGGAGCUGCACAAGAGAAUGUAAUGGGUUUGGACUCUUUAAUUGGUAUGAAAAAUGAAGAUUCUUCAGGAUACAUGGACUCCAUAAGUGAUCUAAUUGAAGAGGAGACAAUCAGACUACAAGAACAUGAGAACAGAUGUGAAAGAAACAAUAAAGGAGCUCUUGAAGAAAACUUUUCUGAUGACAAACCACAGUGCUCACAGCAGGCUCGUUUUAUCCAAUGUGCAAAAGAGAAAGCAGAGCUGGUGUUUGCAGGAAACAAAAUGCAGCAAUCUUUGCCAAAGAUAAAGUGGUUGGUGGAGAACCAGGAAAAUACAAUUAGUACUCAAUUCCUGCCCAUUUCAUCAGUUCAUGGGAGUUUUUCAUACAAGCCUGAAAGUAAGAAUAAGUUUUCAGAUACUGAAAACAGAGAAUGUCUGAGUAUAAAUGCUAUCUUAAAUAACUCUCACCCACCGUUAACUAUUGAGCCUGGUAAAGAAACUGUUGCUCAAAGGGGCAUUGGUCCAUCUCAUUUUGGAAAGUUUGACACCCAAGAAUCUUGUGUUGAGACUCAAGCAGAGUCAGAAACUGUGUCAGCUCUGAACUCUCACAUCUCUCUGCCUGAGAAGGAAAAGCUGUGUAUGUCACCUGAGAAUACACAAAGAGAUAAUGGUGAUUCAUCUUCAGCUGAAGUUUUUAGCAAAGAUACUUCAAUGAGAAAAAUUCUUUCUGUAACAAUUUCCGUUAAGAAAAAAUUCAGCGAUAUUGAGACCCCAUCUUCAGGGAAUGAAUCAGCAGCUGGCUCUCUGUAUGGUGCCAGAAGCUCAAGAGUUUGUGCCCACAGCAAAGAAAGUCUGAGAGGUGAGGGCGUUUGCAUGCCAGCUGUCAAAGACAUGGACAUGAGCUCACCAAAAAGUCCUCCUGGUCAAGAGAAGUUUAAGAAUACAGAUAAGCCAGAAAAUAAAAAUGUGCUUUCAGAUACAGAAAACAGAGAAUGCCUGAGUAUAACUCCUAUCUUAAAUAACUCUUGCCGACAGUUAACUAUUGAGCCUGGUAAAGAAACAGAUGAUCAAAGGGGUAUUUGUGCAUCCCAUUCUGAAAAGUUUGACAUCCAAGAAACUUCUAGUAAGACUCGAGUGGAUUCAGAAACUGUGUCAGCUCUGAACUCUCGCAUCUCUCUGCCUGAGAAGAAAAAACUGUGUAUGUCACCUGAGAAUACACAAAGAGAUAUUACAUCUGCAGACAAAAAAUUCAGCAAAGAUACUUCAAUGACAAAAAUUCUUUCUGUAACAAUUUCCGUUAAGAAAAAAUCCAGCAAUACUGAGGUUCCAUCUUCAGGGAAUGAAUCAGCAGCUGGCUCUCUGAAUGAUGCCAAAAGCUCAAGAGUUUGUGCCCACAGCAAAGAAAGUCUGAAAGGUGAGGGGCUUUGCACACCAACCAAAGACAUGGACAAGAGCUCACCAGAAAUUCCACCUGGUGAAGAGAAAUUUAAGAAUACCUGUGUAGAAGAGAUGAUAGGAAAAGAGGUGGCCCCUAGAGGAAGGUUGCCCAAAGAUUGUCCAUGGGCCUUGUUGGAAGAUUCUAAAGAGUCUGGUAGCAAAAUAGUCCGCCUCAGGACUGAGAAUGAUGGAAAGGUUUUGGAAGAAAUCCCAAGAUCCAAACUAAAUAAUCUUUCAAAAGAAAGACAAAAUGAUACAAAGCUCCCAAAGUUAGCAGGUACCAGUGUACUUUCAGAAACUGUGCAUGAUUGCCAGGCUGCAGCUGUAUCUGACACAGAGGCUGCCCCAGAAGUGCAGGGUGAUACAACGCCCACAUUUUCUCCUCCUCUGAGCACACUAUCACACAGUUGCAAAGAACCAUCCCCAAACUGUGUGGUUUGCAGUGAAGCAUGUGUGCCUUACAAAUUAAAUGCAUGGAGCAAAGAUAACGUAAAGGAAAUACCAGAAGGCCAGGACCAAAUACCAACUUGUGCAGUUUGCAAGGCAAAUGGGGCUUUAUGUUCAGAGAGACUUGAUCAAAUAGAGGAACGUCAAGUAUUUAUACAUAAGAAGUACGGCAAGAUGGAAGUACAUCAGUUGGGCAAGGCACAACAAGAACAGAAGUUAGAACAUCAGGAGAAAGCAAAAAUCAUACUGCAACCAAGUAUGUUGCACAGUUCUGAACUCUUAUGCAGCACUUCAGCUGAGUUGAUGACAUCUAGAAGUAAGAAGUUUGUAAGGGCUUCAGAGGAGAUUGUUGCUGUAAGAGGCAGUGAAAGUAAACUAUGUAGCACUUUACAAGAAGUUAAAAGGCCAAAGAUUACCACAAAUUUUAUUAGUUCACAGUUUUUGAAGACUCAGGAUUCAGAAAUGGAAAGCCUGAACCUUAAUUUAGGGUAUGAUGGGAUCCCUGGUGCCUUUGGAACUACAAAUAAACGAAGAGGAAUUACAAAUAAACUAAGAGGACCUCUUCCAUUAAAAAUACAACCUGGAAGGACAUGCAAAAAAGUUCCCACAUUGUAUCAGCUAAAAACCGUAAGAAAAAUCAAAAAUAUUAAAAGUUCACCUGUCUCUGAGAUUCCCCGGGAAAUGUCCCCUAAACAGGAAAACCUUCUUCUGGAAUCUUUGUACUCUCCUUGUAAACCACCGAUAAUGGAAAAGGAAACAGCCAUGAGAUUUGUGCAUAUGCCAGGGCAGAGGGCCAAGAGGUGCAGUUUGUUGAACAGCUUGAAAUUUAGAAAAUGUACCAAAGAACCAGCAUUGUUGAGCAAGUUGUCUGCAAUGGCCAGCAAGCUCCUGGCCCCUGCCAAAAGCAGUCGUAACUUAGAACCUCUGCCAUAUUCUUCUGAAAUUCUUCCGGUGGGUGACAGGUACAGCCAAUGUAGAGCUAAAAAUCUCUUGGAAGCCUUUUCUUGCAUUAACAGGAAUAUACACUCACGCUGGGCUGACAGCUGGUGCACCAAGAUGUUCAGCUUUCAGCCUUUGGCACUUUAUCCUGUACAAACUACCAAAAUGCUUUCUUCAGACUUAAGCCACAAGCCUCCAGCCUCUUUCUUGGACACCUCAGUUUUCCCAAUUUCUUUUCACAUAAAAUUGGACUCCAGUCCUGUGACAGACCUCAGAGGGAUUACAUCCCAGCACUCUGCACAUCACAGCCCAGUUUUCAGAGAAACGCCAGCACCAGCUUCAAAGUGGACUUUGUCUUUUCUCCUUUCUCAGAGCUGUUCAGAUACAACAGCUUUCCAGGGAGAUUCCUGUGUAAAUAAUGAGCUUCAUUCCUCACACUCCACAACAACCCCCAGGACUGUUGCUGUUCAUCCUGACCCUGGAAGAAACACUGUAGCUGGAAGAAGAGGAGCUUGUUCCAGGCUUGGCCUUCACACAGUGUUAGCACUUUCUUCCCCUGGAUGUUACAGGAUUUGGACAAGAAGAAGAAGCUUAACCAGCCACAUUCCUACCAUCCAGAGACUAUUUAUAUCGCAGUUGGCACAGGGUUUGAAAGGGGCCAGGUUCCCGAGGUGUGUAUCCGAUGAGCUCGUCUCCUCAUUGCCAUACUCACUGGGCAGGGUGUUGUCCAUAUGGAGUCAGCACGGUCCUUCUGCCCGUCCUUCCGAAAUCACUCCUCUCCAUUCCAACCACUGCAAGUGGCAGCCAAGUGUGGGCAUCGAGAACAGCCGUGCCAUGUUACCACACUCACCUGUACAGAGUAUGGGAGCACUGCAGACUGCAGGCCAUGCCACACGUCUGGAAACGUCAUUCCCUCCUCCGUUACCAAAGCCUCAUGCACUUCCAGAGUCAUUGCCAUCUCCCCCCAGGCUUUCAGCAUCUGAGCUCCAGAUCCCUGCCCUUGAUGAAGCAGAUUCUUCUGUUCCAGCCUGUCUGAGAUCCCAAGAUGACACAGAACUGAAAAAAACUGAGCCAGAAAAGAGGCCAAAGAAAGUUUCACAGAUCCGAAUCAGGAAAACUGUUCCUAAGCCAGACCCUAACCUUACUCCAAUGGGACUACCCAAACCAAAAAGGCUUAAGAAGAAAGAAUUUAGUUUAGAAGAAAUUUACACAAACAAGAACUAUAAGUCCCCUCCUCCUGCCAGGAGCUUGGAAACAAUCUUUGAGGAGCCCAAGGAGAAAAAUGGACACUUGAUCUCUGUCAGCCAGCAAAAGAGAAAGCGGAUUCUAGAGUUUCAGGACUUUACUCUUCCCCGGAAAAGGAAGACACGAGGAAAAAUCAAAGCAGUGGGGAGUUUCACCCGAGCAAAAAGAGCUGCACUGCAGAGUGCAGAGUUAGAUGUUCUUCUGAGUCAGAAGCUAAUGGACCUUGAAGCCUUUUUUGCAGAGGAGGUUGAGCAGGAGCAGCCCUCCAGCAUCUGAGGGAGCCACUUAGCUGGAAACGGUCCAGUCAGCUUCUUUAGUAUUUUUUUCUUUGGGGAAAUCUACUGACUUCUUCAUACCUUACUCUGCCACUCUGUUCUAACAUCUGAUAAUCAGUUUUUGGCUGUGACCCUCUUUAAGGUGCUAUAUUUUUUUUAAAUGCUGUUGGAGGGAUUCUUUUAAGUCCCUGUUUGAGUGUAACACAGCCACAGGAAAUUUACCCUUCCUUUCUCAACCUCUGGAAAUUACUGCUUAUAUUUAAUUAAUUAUGUUUAUAUAUCUUUUGGGGUUAGAGUAGGAGUGUCAAGGAGGAAGUAGUACACCUUCAGUGAUGCUAGAACUCUGUACUCCAGAUCAUUUGCACAUUUGAGUCUGCUGUUGUUACUGUAAUGGCUAUUUUUAACAAGCUGACAAAAGAGAUAUGGUGUUUGAUAAAGAAAAAUUUUAGCAAACACAUUCUUGAUAUACCACUAACCUUUUGAUAAUUAAAAGUAGCUGUCUAGGUUAGCGUUCAAUCGUUUCUUCCUUCUGUUAACUUAGAAGGUUCCUUCUAAGUAUCUUUUCCCUUCCUGGCUCCAGGCAGCAGAAGCCCCACAUAAUUAUACAUUAAAUAACUUGCACUUUGUAUAUGCUUCUUUUAACAUGAUUCAACUCAAAAAGGGUAAUGUUUUUAGGAAAAAUGGUGCCCAGUACUAUUUUUUCCCAAAUAGAAGAUUUUUUUACUUACCUGGCUGAUGCCAACUUCUUCUCCAGAGGAAAAGGUAAUUGGUCCAUGAGGGUGUUAAGCUGCAGGAUACCUAGGCAGAGAUUUUUAUUUAACUGAGCUGAGCUGCUGCAUGCAAGGAAGACCAGCAAAAUCUUUGAUACUUGUUUUAAAGUUAUUUUAAUUCCAUUCAUACUAACUUGAUUUUAAUGUCAACAAGAAAGGUUUUGUUUUUUUACGAUUUUAGAGUAAAAUAAAAAUUUUCCCGUAGCUCAUAAUUAGAUAUUCUCUGUACAGCACUGUUGUGCAUAAUAGGCAGUUUUGUACAAAGAGCCUCUGAGUAUGUGGACAUUGUUUUUGUUAUGUAAGGCCAUAUGUAAUUAUCUGGUGCAGCACUGGGCAAUUUCUCAGCUCUACCUUUGGAAGGAAGAGAGCUCCCUUCUGGCAUAACUUCUGUUAAACUUAACUUGAAGCAUAAUUCCAAUGCUAGCUGCUGUUCAGGUAAUGUCUGUCCCUUAGUGCCUAGAGAAGUUAUUCAGGCAAAGCUGUCGUUGCUGGGAUGCUCAAAUUUAAUUAGUCUGUUCUUUCUUUCACUUGUCACUUGAAUUUGCACUUUCUUAUUUAUCUACCCAUAUAAUAGAGUUUCUAUUUACCUUCAAAUUGAGUAAAUAUCUAGUGGGUGGGUAUUUUUUAUAAAGUCCCAAUAAAUGCAGGACUGCAAAUACCAUAAUUAUCUUCUGUUGCUCUACCACUUCUGUUACUGACCAAACAGAAAACUAAAUGUUAACAAGCAAUCUGUUGAAUUGCAGAGCUUUGAGGGUAGAGAAAUGGAAGAGAAUUAUUACACUGUGUGUGCCUGAGUCUUGAAAGAAAUCUAAUCUGGGUUUGUUUUGCUCCCAGCUUAUGUGCUGGGAUUUGUAAAAGUUUAUAUUCUUGUUUUGAAGACUAAUUAUCUUUAAUCAGGAAGACUGAAGAAAAGAGAAGAGUGCACACUUAGAGUAGUAGUGUUUGGAGUUUGAGGGUAAAAUAACAAGGCAAGCUUUUAACAUAUUGACAUAGUAUUUUUCUGGUUAACUUACUAGGCUGUUGUAGAACAUUCUAAUUGAUCCUCUUUAUUUUUGUAAAAAGAAAUCCCUAAAAACAAAGAUCAACUGCCUCCUAAAAAAUGUUUGAAAGUUUCCCUAUGUUGGCUUAUUAGCCCAAUUACUGACUAGUUGGAAGUGGUAGCAAGAGUGAGAGAUAUAUUUUUAUGGAUUUAUGCUAUAGAGUGGGAUUGUUACAGAGCAUUCAUUCACCUUCUAUUAAUAUGGGAGGCUUCCAGUGACACAAUUAGCUGUAACCUUACUGGGGCUUUCAAGGAAAUAAAGAUUGGGGUUGUAGGGGAAGAGACUUGGGUCCAGAAGAAGUUCAGACCUCUAAUGUGCUUCAAAACAUGGAAUGUUCGGAGUCUUUUCCUUUGGGUUAUGUUGGGUUUUGUUUGUUUUGUUUAGGGUGGGUUGUUUUUUUUUUUAACUUUCUUCCCUGCUCUCUCUUGUUUCUGAUUGCAUUGAAAUAAGAUUUAUGAACUUUUUUCCUACAAGCUACAGGGGAGAGAGCAGAGCAAAGAAAACACUCAAAUACUCUUCAGUUUACAGAAAUUGGAGGAGUUACAAAAGGAUGUUGCAGUUGUUUAGCUUCUCCCAGACCUUAGUUUGUGGAAACCCAAACACACAGCAUUAUUCUCCGUUGGUUUAGUGUUUGUAUGACAAUGUAAGCUAGUGGAGACCAAGCAUCUCUUCCCCUCUCCAGCAUACAGGUGUCAGUCCUGCUUAUGCACUUUUUUGGUUUUUCCUUUCCCACCUCUUUUUCUGUUUACAGCACUCAUGGAACAGCCACGUUCCUUGUGGCUGCUGCUUGUACACUGGGAGUGGUGACUGGGCAAAAGCUAGGCAUUUCCAUUCUGAGCUGCUUCUGUCACAGCUAAUUUAAAAACUGUUGGGGAUUCAUCUUUUGGGGUCUUGCAUACGCCCCUAGCAGAAGGAUAUGUACACUUGCCUGUUCAUUAAGGUUCAUUAAGUGGACCCACUCCAGUGGGGAUGUUUUUGUAUCACCAUGGAAAGUACAGCUUGAGAAGGAUUGCAAAGCUUUUGCCAUGUCCUGUCUCUUAGUAGAGCCAAGCAGCUCUUUGCUAAAUUUGCUGAUUGUCAGAGAUAGAAGGAUCACAAAAAAAAAAAAAAAAAAAAGAAGAAAAAAACCAUUGUUUUCAUCAUGCUAUGACUGGAGCAGCUAAGGCUCCUUAAUGUAUGGUACAGCAUUUGCCUGGCUGGCUUGUGUCUGCAUACAUUUGAGUUCCUGUGCUUGCUGGAUAUGAUUUCCUGCAAGCAGUUCUCAUUCAUUGUAUUUUAUUUCAGGUGGGCCUUUGGUAUAUUAUGUUCCAGGUGCUUUUCUAGAAUAUGGAUAGUAACUGUGGAUUAAAAGUCUGUAUGAUGCUAUCAAGGUAACAAAUAGCUCAAUGAGAAUUUGUACAUUUGUGCCAUUAGCCUCCAUCAUGCUCUUGGCAUUUUGUUUCCGUUCAAUAUUGUGUGAAUCUAAAAUUUUACUGUUUCUUUUGUGUGUGUUUUUAAUUUAUGGAAAUAAAUUUUUCUGAGAACUUUUCAGGUUUUUAAGGCCUUUAGGCUUGUAUGGGUAAAUAUGCAUGAUAAUAUGUCUUAGCUGCAGGGGGGAAGGGUCAAAUCUGCAAAGAGAUCAGCACUGUUGGGUAACAGAGUGGUGUUAUUGAGACACAGAGCAGCAGUUCUGCUGUUCCUUCAUCCCAGCCCAGGAGAUAUUAAGGGUGAUCUCAGCUAUUAUUCAGAAUACUGAGGCAGCAUCCAUCUCUUCAGAAAGCAGAGUAGCAGGAGCCAGGG